GCUGGUGGCGCGCGCCCCCUGAGGCCGAGCAGUGCGAGGCGGGGCCGGAGCCUGUGAGUGCGGUGAGCACCCGGCGACAGCGGCGCUCGGAGCCAGAGCCCACACGACAUGGCCCCCUGCAAACUCCUACUGUUGGCCUGUGUCGGCCUCACCAUCGGCAUCCUGAGGGCCCGAGCCGACGAACACGAUCAUACGUAUGCAGAUAAAGAGGAAGUAGUCUUAUGGAUGAACACUGUUGGACCCUACCAUAAUCGACAAGAAACAUACAAGUACUUUUCCCUACCUUUUUGUGCAGGGAAAAAAAAGACUAUUAACCAUUACCAUGAAACAUUAGGAGAAGCUCUACAAGGAGUAGAGCUGGAAUUCAGUGGUCUUGAUAUUAAAUUUAAAGAGGAUGUUAUGCAGAGUACUUACUGUGAAAUUGAUCUGGACAAGCCAAAACGGGAUGCUUUUGUUUAUGCCAUCAAGAACCACUAUUGGUACCAGAUGUACAUUGAUGAUUUACCAAUUUGGGGGAUCGUAGGGGAAGCCGAUGAAAAUGGAGAGGAUCAUUUCCUCUGGACUUACAAAAAACUUGAGAUUGGCUACAAUGGCAAUCGAAUCGUGGAUGUGAACUUGACCAGUGAGGGAAAGGUCAAGCUGGUACCAAACACAAAAAUCGCAAUGUCAUAUUCUAUGAAAUGGAAGAAAUCAGAUGUGAAGUUUGAGGAUCGAUUUGAUAAAUAUCUUGACCCAUCCUUCUUCCAGCACAGAAUUCACUGGUUUUCUAUCUUCAAUUCUUUCAUGAUGGUUAUUUUCCUGGUUGGAUUGGUCUCCAUGAUUUUAAUGCGCACGUUACGAAAGGAUUACGCUAGGUAUAGUAAGGAAGAAGAAAUGGAUGACAUGGACAGAGACCUGGGAGAUGAGUAUGGCUGGAAACAAGUUCAUGGUGAUGUAUUCAGACCAUCUAGCCAUCCGCUAAUAUUUUCAUCACUGAUAGGAUCUGGUUGCCAGAUAUUCUUUGUGUCCUUCAUUGUUAUUGUUGUGGCAAUGGUUGAAGACCUAUACACAGAGAGAGGAUCUAUGCUAAGUACGGCCAUAUUUGUGUUUGCGGCGACAUCUCCACUAAAUGGUUACUUUGGAGGGAGCCUCUAUGCACGACAAGGAGGCAGAAGGUGGAUAAAGCAGAUGUUCAUUGGAGCAUUCUUGAUCCCAGCCAUGGUGUGCGGAACUGCAUUCUUCAUAAAUUUCAUUGCAAUGUAUUAUCAUGCUUCACGAGCUAUUCCUUUUGGAACAAUGGUUGCUGUGUGCUGCAUCUGCUUUUUUGUCAUCCUUCCACUGAACUUGGUGGGCACUAUUCUUGGUCGGAACAUGUCGGGACAGCCCAACUUUCCUUGUCGUGUUAAUGCAGUACCACGCCCAAUUCCAGAAAAGAAGUGGUUCAUGGAGCCAGCUGUUAUUGUUUGCCUGGGUGGAAUCCUGCCUUUUGGAUCCAUUUUUAUUGAAAUGUACUUCAUCUUCACUUCAUUUUGGGCCUACAAGAUUUAUUAUGUUUAUGGCUUUAUGAUGCUAGUCCUGGUUAUUCUCUGCAUCGUGACAGUCUGUGUGACCAUUGUCUGCACUUAUUUUCUGCUCAAUGCUGAAGAUUAUAGGUGGCAGUGGACAAGCUUCCUUUCUGCAGCAUCCACUGCAGUCUACGUUUACAUGUACUCCUUCUACUACUAUUUCUUCAAAACAAAGAUGUAUGGACUGUUUCAAACAGCAUUCUAUUUUGGAUACAUGGCAGUAUUCAGCACUGCACUUGGGAUCAUGUGUGGUGCUGUUGGUUAUAUGGGAACAAGUGCCUUUGUCCGAAAGAUCUACACCAAUGUGAAAAUUGACUAAUGGAAGGCCAGACUCCCAGGGAGCUGAGGAUCACUUACUGCUUUUUGUUCAUUCAGCUGGAACUUGCACAGUUUAAACUGCAAGGAGACAUUGGGUUAACACUGGGUAAAGUGUGGGUUCCAUUCAUGGAAGCUUAAAGCAACAUUUGUUUCCUUUGAUCCUGAGUUCGUAUUGACUGCUUUAACCAACUGUUCAGCAAAACGCUUGGAUUAUAUGCAGUAAGCAUUACUACAAUACAGUGCUAAUCUUCCCACAUAAAACAUAGCUUAUUAAUGAAGAAUAGACUAGCUCUCUUCAAUGAAGAGGACAAACAGUUUAUUUAAAAUCAUUUGUUCUAUUGAGGAGGGAAAAAUCUGACUAGUUUAAAGUUAUUCAAGCCUCCAUUCUGAGAUAGUUACCUUUCAAGUGGAUCAGAGAGGUGGCUAUUGAAAAGCUGACCAUUCUGGUUUUUGUGACCGUUACCCAAACCUGCUAUGUUUUUGUACUUUAUCAAUGGGAGCUUAUUGCAUUUAUUUUAAUUUGUAAAUCUGAUACAGUUUAUAUACUAUCUUCAGUAAUAGGAUGCACAUCAGUCAUGAUUAUAAUUGGACCAACUCAAUAUUUGUAUCUAAAAGCCAAGUCUGUGAUGUGUUAUAAAUUAGUUCUCCGCUUCAGUCCAUCCAAAGAGUGAAGACUAAGGACAGAGAUGAUCAUCUGCACUGAAAUUCACAGUAGUUAGCAUAUAAAACAAACUGGGAGUAUGCAUUUUGAAAGGCUGGUGAUCUGUUAAUGGUUUUUAUUAGAAAGAUCUAAGUGAAAUAUUUUAAUUGGGCGUAUAAACUGAUUUUUCUUUGUUUUGUUUUCCUUCUCUCCGAGUUAGUCUUGCAGCUUAGUCUUGUUUUAUGUUGCGGUGGGAAUGAAGGCUUUACUUAAGAUAAUAUGAAAGGGGGUAAUAAAUGUAUAUAACCUUAUAAUGUAACUUUAGGCGUAGAACCCAAAUUUAUUUGGAUGUACAGAUUUAUUACAUAGUACUUUUUCUGAUAACAAAUUAAUUUGGUGUAUAAAUGUGUGACAAUUUUUUGGGUGGCUUUUUACAUCUUGCCUGCCAUUGCAUGAAAAUGGUAUCUCCAUUAUACGUGUGGACGUUACUCUGACUUCUUUAGUAUUUUUCCAAUUCUGUCUCCGAAGGCUCAACAAAAUUGUAAUUUAGGACCUAAAAUUUUGUUAAUCCGACCUGAGCACUCAACACGUGCAUCAUCUGGAGCGUUACUGCUUGAAGGAAUGUUCAGGAAUAAUGAAAACAAUAAAAACUUUUCAGACAUAA